AUGAAGCAAUUCCUCAAAAAGAAGAAAUAUCUAGAUGAGGAAACAAUUGAAGUUCAUGGUAAUUGCAGUGUCAUAUUGCAGAAGACACUUCCUCCCAAAUUCAAAGAUCCAGGGAGUAUCACCAUCCCUUGCACCAUUAAGAAUUAUGAUAUAGGGAAGGCUCUAGUUGACUUAGGAGCAAGUAUCAAUCUAAUACCCUUAUUUGUGCUCAAGAAGAUUAGUGGUCUGGAGGUCAAACCAACAAAAAUAAUCUUACAAAUGGCAGACAGGUCCGUCGAACACCCUUAUGGUGUGGUAGAAGAUGUGGUGGUGAAAAUUGAUAAGCUUCAAUUCCCUGUGGAUUUUGUGGUGAUGGAGAUGGAGGAAAAUGCAGAGAUAACAACAUUCUUGGACGACCAUUCAUGA